AUGUCACGAAGGCUCUUCACGCACGCCACUCCAACGCUCUUCAAUUCUGGGACGCCGUGCCCACAGAUGUCCUCUUGCUUCCUGCUGACCAUGAAGGAAGACAGCAUUGAUGGCAUCUAUGACACCUUGAGACAGUGUGCCCUGAUCUCGAAGAGUGCCGGCGGCAUCGGUGUGGCGAUCUCGAACACCCGGGCCAAAGGAUCGUACAUCAGGGGCACGAACGGCUACAGCAACGGGCUCGUGCCUAUGCUUCGGAACUUCAACGAGACGGCCCGGUAUGUCGACCAGGGCGGAGGCAAGCGCAAGGGCUCCUUCGCCAUGUACCUUGAGCCCUGGCACGCGGAUGUCAUGGACUUCCUCGAGCUGCGAAAGAACCACGGGAAGGAGGAGCAGCGUGCACGAGACCUGUUCUACGGCCUUUGGGUUCCGGACCUCUUCAUGCGACGAGUCAAGGACAACCAGGAUUGGACACUGUUCUGCCCGAACGAAGCCUUCGAUGACGUGACAGGAAAGGGGCUCAUUGACGUCUGGGGCGAGGAGUUCGACAAGCUCUAUGAGGAGCUCGAGAAAGCUGGUAAGGGCCGGAAGACCAUCAAGGCCCAGCAGCUUUGGUUCCGUAUUCUGGAAGCACAGAUGGAGACUGGCACCCCAUACAUGCUGUACAAGGAUGCCGCAAACUCCAAGUCCAACCAGCAGAACCUGGGCACCAUUCACAGCUCCAACCUUUGCACGGAGAUCAUUGAGUACACUUCGAAGGACGAAGUUGCCGUGUGCAAUUUGGCGUCCGUGGCGCUUUCGGCCUUUGCGAAGGAAGGGCAGGAGUUCGACUUCCAGGGCUUGUACAACGUGACCAAGGUCGCCACCAGGAACCUUAACUUGGUCAUCGAUCGCAAUCAUUACCCCAUCCCCGAGGCGCGCAG